AUCAACUGCGCUUCAACACUUUCACCAUUCACCCCACUCUCCGCCCCAAUCUUCCGCUGAUAACCUUAACCGCCUUUAACUCACCCUCAUUUUUUCUUUUCCAUCUCCGCCCUAUAUCAUGCCACGCGCACGCCGAGUUCCUCCACCUCUCGAACCUCCCUCCCCCGAUCUAGCCGAUGACUCCGCUCCCCGAACAGCGACGCAAACUCCCCAGCAUGAUGGUGACUCGGGAUCUCCAUCGACGAUGAAUGAAACCGGGACCGAACCAUCCACUCCCGCUGCGGCCAACGUAGCUGUCAAGCGCAAACGUGGCCGACCCUCUAAAGCGUCACUCGACGAGGCUCGUCGGUUGUCUACGCCUCUUCAUGAUGACGAUGCGGGGCAGGAUACAUCUGAUGUAGGAACACCCCUUACCAACGCUGCUGGUGCAACCCCACAAACCCAUGGUUUCAGUCUUUCGUCCAAGAAACGCCGGGGACGCCCCCCAGCUUCGGCCAAGGCCAUGCGGAGCCGAGGUGGUCCGUCUCAUGUUACCUCUGUCCCACUUGACAAGGAUGGCAAACCCCAGGAAGUAGAGGACGACGAGAUUGUUCUCCCCGAGGAUCCCGCUGGUGAAGAGAAGGUGGACAAAUUUGGCUAUCUGCAAGGUGGUAGAGAAUAUAGGUGCCGAACAUUUACUAUCCUUGGCCGCGGAGAGCGACUUUACAUGCUCUCCACGGAGCCUGCGCGUUGCAUUGGUUUCCGCGAUUCGUACUUAUUCUUCCAAAAGCACAAGCAACUUUUCAAGAUUAUCAUGGACGAGGAUGAAAAGUUCGAUAUGAUCAAACGGGAUCUUAUCCCUCACUCGUAUAAGGGUCGCGCCAUCGGUGUUGUAACUGCGCGCUCAGUUUUUCGUGAAUUCGGCGCAAGAAUAGUCGUCGGCGGUCGGAAGGUCACCGAUGAUUACUGGGAAGCCCGGGAAAUCACUGGUGGUGCCAUUGAGGGGCAGCUCGCGGACCCUGAGGAUCGUCUUCCACAAAGAGGCGAGGAAUAUAACAGGAAUCAAUAUGUCGCAUGGCAUGGCGCUAGUAGUGUAUAUCAUACGGGACAGCCGAGCGUUCCCAUGCCCCAGGGGAAUCAGCAGGCGCGGAAGAAGAAAGUUGUCGUUACAGAUACCAAUUGGAUGCUCGAACACUCUCGAGCUGCAAGCCAAUUCAACUCCCGCCUUCUUUCCCAGCGCCAACAGUCUUACUCCAAGGGUGUCUACGAACCACACACCAAUCUAAUAUUUCUCCCGGAGGGCACUCAACCUACGCACGCCAAAUGGCAACACCUCCCUACCGAUGACGUCUCGAAAGAGAAUGCCAGAGGCGUCGUCAUCGAAACCAUCUUUGAAACCCCUCCUAAUAAUAUCACCCUUGGCCUCGACUCACACCUCGGUUUCACAGACUGGAGCCAGGCCGCUAUCGACAGUCUGGAAACAGAGGAAGAGCGGACUGCUGUUAGGGAGCAGGUUAAACGGCAAAAGGGCUGGAGGGAAAAGUGGGGUCUUGGUGAGGAUGGAGGAUUGGGCGGAGGUUUGGUAAUGUCGGCUUAG